AGUAUUUCCUUCUGUAGAAUUUAUAUUUUUUUCACUACAUCUACAACUACGAAUACGACUAUAUGAACUACUAUCUCAACUACAAGUUUUUCAUUUUUAUAACUAUGCUGGACAUCGACCGGAAACUUUAAGGGGGUUAAUAUCACAUGUAAAGACGGAACCUCUACAGCAAGCAAACCCCGGUUCGGAAGAGCGCCCUCAGCCGAGCUCUGAAACCCGGCUAUCGGACAGUUCUACCGCCUCAGCGUCCGCCGAAGCUGCCCCUCAACGCUGCCUUGUUACACCUCCGCACAGGAAACCGACCACAAUUCAGCGAGCAAAAUUCCAACCAGAUCUAUGGCAUUCUGACAAUGAGCAAGCGCGCACAAUUAUUGGAACAGCUGCAUUUUAUCCACCUAAAAUGCACACCUCGAGACACUCCCUGGUAUGUCGCAGGUCAUCCGGUGGCACUGGCUGCUCGUCGGCGGACAUGCCCUGCGUACAGGCCCAGUAUGGCCCCUGCCCUCCUGGCUCCAGCUACAGCAGCCAGACCUUUGCCUACCCCGGGGAGUACAGCUCUGACCUCAUGAACCCAGACUACACCAAGCUGGGCAUGGAGCUGGGCAGCGGCGAGAUCUCUGCCGCGGCGGCCACCACCUCCCUGCCUAGCUUCAACGUGUUCGUGGAGGGCAGCUACGAGCCCAAAUCCUCCUGCCUGUACCAGGUGCCCCACCACAGGCCCCUCAUCAAGAAGGAGGAGGACCCCUACCCCCCUCCCCCGCAGCUGCCCCUGGCCCAGUCCGAAGACACCAUGCCCAGCACCUCCAUGUACUUUAAGCAGUCGCCGCCCUCCACCCCCACCACCCCGGGGCUCCCGGGCCAGCAGGGCGCCUCCUUCCUCUGGGAGGACCCUCACGGGCUGCCCCCGGUGCCGCAGACCUGCAUGGGCUCCAGCCCGCUGAUGGAGUCCGGGUCGCUCAAGUCACCACGCUUCCCGCACUUCUACGAGCAGUCGCCGCCGCACGGCGGCUACGAGCCGGGCCUGGGCCUGCCGCUGCGGGCUGAGCGCUCGCCCUCGUCCUCCUCUUCCUCCUCCAACGCUGCCUCCUCGUCCUCCAUCCAGCACGCGGCCGGCCUGGAGGCGCACAUGUACCCGCUGCACAUGGGCAAGGCCGGCGGGCUGCACUUCCGGCCGCUGGGCCUGGGGCCCUGUCCGCCGCUGCUGGACAGCGGGCUGCCGUCCCCGCCCGGGAGAUCCGGCUCGGGGGAGGGAACCUGCGCCGUGUGCGGGGACAACGCCGCCUGCCAGCACUACGGGGUGCGCACCUGCGAGGGCUGCAAGGGCUUCUUCAAGAGAACAGUACAGAAGAAUGCCAAGUACGUCUGUUUGGCCAGUAAAAAUUGCCCUGUGGACAAGAGAAGGCGGAACCGCUGCCAGUACUGUCGUUUUCAGAAGUGUCUCAGCGUGGGCAUGGUCAAGGAAGUGGUCAGGACGGAUAACCUGAAAGGGAGAAGAGGCCGCCUCCCCUCCAAACCAAAGAGCCCCCUGCAGCCCGAGCCGUCUCCUCCUUCACCUCCCAUCAGCCUCCUCACGGCCUUAGUGAGGGCGUACUCCCAGUGCGCUCCCCGAGAGCCCGACUACAGUCAGUUCAGUGCUGCUGACCAGCCCACAGCCUCCUUGGAUAGCCAGCACAUCCAGUUGUUCUACCGGCUGCUGACCAGCUCCAUGGAGGUGACGCGGAACUGGGCCGACCGUCUGCCGGGCUUCUCCGAGCUGCUGCGCGAAGACCAGAACCUUCUCAUCGACUCUGCCUUCCUGGAGCUGUUCGUGCUUCGAUUGGCCAACAGGUCUGUUAUCCCAGAGGACAAGUUUGUGUUUUGCAACGGGCUGGUUUUACACCGCUUCCAGUGCCUUCGGGGGUUUGGGGAGUGGCUCGACUCCAUCCGGGAUUUCUCCUCCCACCUGCAGAGCCUUAACCUGGACGUGUCGGCCUUCUCCUGCCUAGCCGCGCUGGUCAUGCUAACAGAACAGUGCCCGGGACUAAAAGAACCAAAGAAAGUGGAGGAGAUCCAGAACAAGGUGAUCUGCUGUCUGAGGGAUCACCUGGGCUUCGGGGCGGGCGUGGCCGCGGGCGGGGCGGGCAAGGCGCCGGCCUCCCUGAGCAGGGUGCUGAACGUGCGGGCGGAGCUCCGCUCCCAGCGUACGCAGGGCCUCCAGCGCAUCUUCUACCUGAAGCUGGAGGACCUGGUCCCACCGCCGCCCGUCAUCGACCGCUUCCUGGACACGCUCCCGUACUGACCAGGUCCUCCUGCAGCCCCCAGCCCCUUCCCCCGCCCCUACCCCCACCCCCCCCCCCCCCCGGCCGAACGGCACAUGAGGCUCCUCCCGCUUCUUUCGCUCCCAAGGAGACGCCCCCGCCGUCAGAAGCCUGGCCCCCGGGCGGCUGCGCUCGGCUCAGAGGGCCCAAUGGCCCCGGUCCAGAGAAAGCAGAGAGACCCGCUCACUUCUUUCCACCUGGAAAACGUUCCUGUGGUCCAAUGAACCCUCAGACCGGGUUUACAUUUCUUGUCGUAAUUUAAAAAAGAAAAAAAAAAAUCAAUCAACUGCUUUCUAUUUUCUAUCUCUUCUUUGUUUUUCCCCCGUCUGCGGGGAGGAAGAGGUAAUCGUUGGCAAAAGAAAAGAGGGGGGAAAAAGACACGUUUCCCCUAUCUAAGUUCGUUUUUGUUUUUUUUCCUUUGUGAUGGUGGGCAGCGUGAUUUUCGGCUGUUUAUUCUGUAGGGAGUUUUUUGAGGAAAAGACUCUGACCCAAUCUAGUCACUGAGACAGGUUGGCAUGCACUGUUCGAGCUACACCUGUAGUACAGUUGUGUGUAAUAUAACGUCCCGAAGAUUUUAUUUCGGGUAAUCAAUGAACUCUGCGAUUUCCUUUUAUUUUUCCUUUUUUUCUUCAAAAAGUCAAGUCAGUGGAUGUUUGUAUCAAAUUGUAUCGCAGGCCAAGAGCAUCAUCUGUGGAUGUCUUUGGCAUUCAGAUUAUGUAAGGUUCCUCAAUGCAUGGACAGUCAUGUUCUGACUGUGGGCAAGAUGUAACGUAUUUUACAGACUUAAUAAAAAUGAAUACAUAUGAAUACACACAAGGCAAGUUGACAAUGGCAGUUUGCUCCUGUAUUUUAAGUGCAAUUUCUUAAGUGCUAUCUUAAACAAGAGAGAGUCAUUCUCAUUACUUUAUCAAACUCUAAAUUAUUUUAAUACUAAAACAGAGCAUAAAAGAGUUUAACGGUUUAAAAAAAACAAAACAAAAAAGCGAAAUAAAGCAAGAGAUAAUAGCCAAUCGAUCGCACUAACUUUUGAUGACGGAGUUCCACAAACUUGAAUUUGCUGUAGCAGUUUUUUUAGGAAACUGAUUUUAGGGGUGAGACAACGGAAUUGGGAGCGGCGAGAACGUGUAGACAGAUUAAAUUAGGCUUAAAGCACUUAGACCUUCACUGAGGUAGUUGGAGGCAAAAAUGGGAGAUGUUUCAUGGUCUUUUAAGAGGAUGGACAUCUGGGCAGUUGUUUUUUUGGGUAGAGGGAACAGGAUUGAGGACAUUGAGGACUGGCACGAUACAUUCCGCAUUCAUACUCUUUUUUUGUAUGUUUAUAUUGUUGAUGCCAUUUAUUAAGAUGAAAGAAUUUAUUGCAUAAUGUCUUUAUUUGUACAAAAAAGGAAAAAAAAGAUUAUAUGCAUGGUAUAUUGUAUUGGCUUCGCCUGUAUUUAUUGCAAAGACUGUCAGCCCUGUGUAGCUCUGUUCUUAACUCAGCGCUAACCAAGGGCUUGAUUGCACACUGGCUUCAAGAGUUCAAGCAAACAAAACAAAAUGGCAGUGGUUUUAAGUAACAGAAAUCAAAUUAUAUAAAUAUAUAAAUAUAUAUAUAUUAUAUAUACAAAACUAAUAUUUUGAAGUGUUUUUAUCUGAUAGCUUUUUCAAAUAUUGUGGUACGAGUUGUGAAUUGUUUUUUGAAGAAGAGAAACAAAAAGAAAAAAGAAAAAUACUUUUUUCAAUGUCCUUGUUUGGUUUCUUUUUCUGUUUUGUUUUUUUCCCUUCGGUUCACUGGAGUUUCUGUUCAGCACUUUGAAAUCAUAAAAUAGUACUGAUUAUUUUG